CCCUCCAUAUUUUCCACACAAGUCAUCAACUCAGCUCUAAUCUGAAGUAGUAUACUCUCUCCCAAAAGUUCUCUCUCUUCUCAGUGACCAAUCUUUCCUAUUCCAUCAAAAUGGCCAAUGCCAAGUUUGUUAUUGUGUUAGCCAUUGUGGCUCUUGUGGCUGCCGCUGUGCCAAUGACCGAAGCCCUGACCUGUGGUCAGAUCCAAGGCUCAUUAGCACCUUGCUUGACGUACCUAAAGAGCGGUGGUGCACCAGCAACCGGCUGCUGCAAGGGGAUCAAAGACUUAGUCGCCAUGGCAAAGACCACCGCUGACCGCAAAAAUGCCUGCAAUUGCUUGAAGAACGCCGCCUCAAAGGUCCCUGGAAUUAAUCCAACUUUCGCCUCUGCCCUCCCUUCCAAGUGCGGUGCCAACAUUCCUUACAAGAUCAGCACCUCCACCAACUGCAACAGUGUCCGCUGAAGUCAUCAUCAGUGGUAGAAGAUGUUGAUCUGUUGAGGCCAUUUAUAGGGAUAUAAGAGUGACAGUAGCAUAUAUAUUAUGAAAAUAAACAAAGUAAUACGUAUUUUUGUACUAUGUUUGGAUGUGUCUCCACUUUUUUGAGCCUCUCAGACAGAUGUUGGUUUGUUUCUGAUAUUUUGAUGAGUGUUUUCUUCGGUGUUAUAUUUAAGAGUCAGUUUUGUGUUUGUCUGCAGCUUUCAUUGUGCAAAGUUCAGAAAAGUGUUCUAAAUUUAAAUUAUUUAGAUAUAUAAACGUGUGUGGUUCUUAUUAUCUA